GGUGUGGUAGCAAGUCUGCCUGGAGAACACGCUGGCGGGACGCACACGUACACGCUCACACACGCGCACACACACGUACACACGCACACGUACACACGCACACAGAGGAGGAGAAGGAGAAGGAGGAGGAGGAGGAGAAGGUGAGGUGCGGUGUGUGUUGUCAUGUUCUGCGCUAAUAAGACCAACACGCGAGGCACGUGAUAAACUGUUGACAAAUUAAGGAAGUAAAAAUGUGCGCGUGACGGAAGACUCGAGCCCAGCAAGAAGAAAAAAGAAGGAAAAAAGGUAAUGUAAAGUGCACCUUCCUAUUGCCACUACUACUGUUCCUACUUCUACUAGUCUUACUGCUACUGCUCCUACUACUCCUACUACUACUACUCCUACUACUUCAUUGCGUAUCGACAUGCGAAUACUUUUCACCGUAUUUUCGCAACAGUGAUAAGAGGAAACGAAUUUUUACAGACUGCCUCAAGAAUGAUAAACAAAAAAUUUUCCACUCCACGAUAACCGAAGAAAAAAGACAAGAAGAAGCGGCGGGGAAGAAGGAGGAGAAGGAGAAGGAGUAGGAGAAGGAGUAGGAGGAGGAGGAGGAGGAAGAGGAGGAGGACGAGGAGGAGGAGGAAGAGGAGGAGAAGGAAGAGGUGAAAGGAAGGAGACAGUGAUUACGUGGAGAGAAGAGAAGUGGAGACGGUGGAGGAGGAGACACUGUGCGGUGAUGAUGGUAGUGGUGGUGAUAAUGAUGGAAAUGGUGAUGAGCGGGAUGAAGAGAGUGACGUCAACUUUCGAUAAAGCGACAAAAGUUACCGAAAAACAAUAACAACGACAAGGAGUGAGCGCCGCGAAGAGGAGGGAAGGAGAGAGGCAACGAUAACAGAGGAGGAAGAAGAAGACGACCGAGAAAAUACACCAGGUCGUCUUUCCUCCUCCUCCUCCUCCUCCUCCUCCUCCUCCUCUUCUUCCUCUUCCUCCUCCCCGUCAAGCACCACCAGCACCGCCUUCGUCAUGAGGGUUCCCCACAACACACUGAUGCUGGUGCUGCUGGUGCUGCUGCUGUGGGUGGAGAUGACCCUGCAGAGUCUGGAGGAAGCUCCCUUGGUGGCCGUGUAUGCCGUGAGAGGCGAGACGGCGCACCUCCCCUGCAGUCUGACGCUGCCACCCCCGGAAGACUCGGUGAUACUAGUGUUGUGGUACAGAAAUGACACCAAGACGCCCGUAUUCAGCGUCGACUCCCGGAGGUUUUCGGAUCCUUCAGUGCGGGAGGACGGGAGCAGGAGGCCCUCAGACGUGUUCCAGGGGCGCGCUACCUUCCACGAGGAGGGGCAUGGGCGGCCGGACUGGGCUCUGGUGGUGAGAAAUGUGGCGUUUAGUGAUCAAGGAGAGUACAGAUGUCGCCUUGAUUUCCAGUCCUCGCCGACACACAACGCCAGGGUCCUGUUACAUGUUGUGGAGCUCCCGCGGCGCCUGGAGGUGAUCAGCGAGGGCGGUGUGGCGGUAGAGGGUCUGGUGUCCGUGCAAGAGGGUCGCCCACUUACCCUCUCCUGCAGGGCGCUAGGAGGUGAACCCCGGCCCAACGUCACCUGGUGGUCUGGGGAGGAGUUGAUUGACGCUGAAGUGGAGGAGAGAGUGGAGCUUCCCCUCACCACCACCACCACCACCACUUCCUUUGAGUUAGACUACCCUUCCCCUUCCUUCUACUCGUCCCCCUCGUCGUUCCCCUCUUCGUCUAAUCUCGCCACGCCCCUGGACACUCUAGCCACUAAUAUUCUUCACCUGGACUCCAUUACUUCCGCUCAUCUCUCCCACAAUCUCACCUGUCUGGCGGCCAACACACCUGUCCUCACGCCCUCUCGGCCACGUUUGCUCUCCUUGAAACAGAGGUUUAUGGAUGGCUCAGUGACGGUGGAGCUGAAGGCGUUAGCGACACACCUGUCUGGGGGACGCGUCUACAACGUCACCUGUCUCGCAUCGGGGGUGUGGCCGCCGCCCAUCCUCUCCUGGCGGCUCCGGGGCAAGCAGAUCACCAAGAGGGUUCACCAGCGGCAUCCAGGCGGGGACCUCACGGAGUCAGUGCUGGAGCUGAAGGCGGGCAUUGGUGACGACGGCAGCCUUCUGGAGUGUCUGGCCAGCUCACCGACCCUGCCACACCUCACCGCCUCAGACUCAGCCAGACUCACCGUGCACUACGUGCCCCAGGCUAGCAUCAGCAUAGAGGGCGGUGAAGGAAGCGAGGCAGGGCUUGAGGCGGGGGAUUCAGCCAGCCUCACCUGCUCAGCGCGCGCCAACCCACCUGCGUACAACUUUACUUUCCUGUUGAACGGAAGGCCACUGCAUCGCGCUAACGUGGUGGAGAGCGGUCAGUCUCUCACCCUUCUGGAGGUGACUCAUAAGGACGCUGGCUUAUACACCUGUGUUGCCUCAAAUUCUGAAGGAGAUGGCCAGAGCAACGCCGUGCCUCUACAUAUUGACUUUCCCCCGGUGUGCGCGUGGGAGGGGGUGAAGGAGGAGCUGGCGGUGGUGGGGGAGAGGGUGAGGAUGGAGUGCAAGGUCCUCGCCUCCCCCCCUGACGUCACCUUCACCUGGGAGAAAGUCACCUUCACUGCAAACAUGACGCAACUGCGGUCUCCCCUGCAACACGAUGACUCCAGGCUGACCUCCACCGGAUGGGCCACGGCGGAGGGGAACCUGAGCACCACCCAGGGCGCCAUGCGGGCAGAGUGUCAACCAAGGAACGACCUGGGGAAGGCUGACCACCCGUGUGUCUUUGCCAUUCGAAUUGUGGGAGACCCAAGCCCCCUGACUGGCUGUUACCACCAUGACGUCACAGCGGACUCAGCCAGCGUCACCUGCGAGGAUGUCACGUCACCUGGGCACUUGGCAAACACUUAUCAUAUCCAGGUGAGGGAAGGCGGGUUAGUAGCAGCAACCUUCAACAACUCAGUGCCUCGCUUCAACCUGACCUCCCUGGCGCCUGGUCGGGACUACACGCUGGUCCUGCACGCCUCGCACGCUAAGGGCAGGGGCCCGGACACACUCCUCAACCUGCGCACUCACACACCCAAGGCAGAGCAGGUCGCCCCGGAGAGAGUACCUGUUGAACCAGUCAAAAAGCCAGGGGAGGACGCACCCCAGCCGACAGACUCACCCAGGGGCCCUGGAGGUACGCCCUUGAGUGUCGUGGUAUCGGGGGCCGUGGUGGGCGUGGUGGUGGGCGUGGCGGUGGUGGUGGCGGGCGUAGUGACCUGCCGCGCCCGUAGAGGCCACGCCAGCUCACCAGGGAAGGCCCACCACCACCACCACCAUAAUGUGUCGAGGGAUUCACUGCUGGAAAGACCGUCCCCUGGGGUUCUGUUCCAGCCCUAUGGAGGAAGCAGCCCCCCCUCGUGUGAGCUGCUCACCACCUUCUCCCCGGGGCCCGUGGUGGUGACGCAAGUAACCUCCGCCCGCUCCUCCCGCCGCUCCUCUCCCCUCAUGCGCAAGUCCUCCACCCGCAGUGCCCCCGGCGGUAGCUCCCCCAGAGGCAUACGCCCCCGGGCCGCCUCGUGCCGCGGGGGGCCUGUGCACGUGCUGGAGGUGGAGGCGGAUGACGUGACGACGCCCAGGGUGGAGGUUCAUUCCCCCUCAAGACUGUCGCGGCUCAGCUUGCGGAAUCUGCGGCGGCGAGGAUCCCAGCCCGUCAUGACCCGGGACACCCAGGCCGUGUUAACCGUGGAGAGUCAGGCGCUGGGUCUGGAGGUGCCCCCACCAGUCCCCGCCCAACAGCCCCAGCCCGCAAUGCCAGCAGAGUGCCACCAGGGGCCAGACACCACCCAGGACGCAGCAGGACAGACAGAGGACCAGACGUUUGAGUCUCUCCAGCCUGCAGUGUCGCCUCUCAACCCACAGAGUGACGCCCCACGCCCCCAGGGGAACACCACACAGGUCCCUUCCCCGCUCAUCGGGCCCUACGUACACCUGACACCUCCCCCAGGGCACACCUCCCCCGCACCACCAUGCCAGACACAGCCCCACUCCCCCCAGCACUCCCAGCACCAUCUCUCCCCACACAGCGCCGCACACCCCGCCACCCACCCCCACCACAGCCACUGCACCCACAGAUCCACACCGUCACCCUCCCCCAGCCCAUGUACCCCACCACACUCCCACACAUGGCCGCUCUCCCCAUUGUCGAGCCUCCCUGCAGACCCCCAUCAGCCCCCAGCCCCCACAGCUUCGCACCUCCGCCCUGCUGCUCCGCACCACCCCGCAGUACACCAUCACCAUCCCCCACGGCACCUACACCCUGGCAGGCGACCCCAGCCUGCCACGCCACCUUCAGGAGGGCGUCGUCAACACACAGCCACCGCCGCCACCACCGCGGCGCAACACCAUCUCUGCCUCCACUACCUCCCUGCCACAGUGCAUCACCACACUACCACACCUCCCGCAGAACGCCACCCCCACCACCACUGUGCUUUACGCUAACCACCCCGCGCACCACCAACACCACCACCACCAGCACCACCACCACUCCACCACCAGCCUGCCCUACACCGCCACGCUGCCCAGAGGGGGAGUUUCAUGUGACACAGGAGGAACACUCACGCGUCUCGCCUCCCAGAUACACCCGCA